GCUCGAGGGCUUGUGCGCGCUAGACGAGGCACUUGCUCCGGAGAGUCAGGGGGAAGGACGGUACACACACACAAAACAAACCACUUUCGCUCGACCGAAAAAAAAAAUACAAAUAAAAACAUCGCAAGAUGGCUUCAAAGUGUCCCAAGUGUGACAAGACGGUGUAUUUUGCUGAAAAGGUAUCGUCCCUGGGUAAGGACUGGCACAAGCUGUGCCUCAAGUGUGACCGCUGUAACAAGCUUCUGAAUGCAGGAGGCCACGCCGAGCACGAUGGAAGACCAUACUGCCACAAACCGUGCUAUGCUGCCCUCUUUGGACCAAAAGGUGUGAACAUUGGCGGAGCAGGCUCCUACGUGUACGACACCCCCAUCAAUAACAACAACCCUUCUCCCACUGCUGUGGACUCAGCCCCCAAAAUGGAGGAGAAGAGAGUGUAUGCUCCCAAAGCACCAGCAAAAGCUGGCAGCAUCACCACUUUCUCUGGCGAGGCCAACUUGUGUCCCAGGUGCAACAAGAAGGUCUACUUUGCUGAGAAGGUAACAUCAUUGGGCAAAGACUGGCACCGGCCCUGCCUGCGCUGUGAGAGGUGCGGAAAGACCCUGUCAGCUGGCAGCCACGCAGAGCAUGAUGGCCAGCCGUACUGCCACAAGCCGUGCUACGCUGUGCUCUUUGGACCCAAAGGGGUGAACACAGGCGGCGUGGGCAGCUACAUCUAUGACAAGGAACCCAGUGAUGUGGCCCAGCCCUGAAUCUCUGCCACCACCCUCCCUCCCCACUCCUGCCUCAUCUCUCUCGCUCUCUCUCUCUCUGCAACACGUUUACCAUUGAGCACAGUGUUAUUGUUAUUAUUAUUUGUAGCCCUGCUAUGACCCCCCCCCCCUCCCGUGUACAUACAGACCCAAGACGACCAGCCCUCCCCACCCCUCUCGUAUGCCCCCCAGAGCCUCCACUGUGGCUCUUCUGCUCCCUGAAUUUUGACCUGCCCCUACUAGUCCCACGUGAGGUCCGCUACAUUAGACCCACUGCUAAUAGGAACAACUCAUUGAUUUGAAACUGCUGCCGAGAUGUGGAUUUUAUAUGUACGUGUGUGUAUGUAUAAAUAUAUGUAUAUGUAUAAAUAUUUUGGGCGGGAGGCUACUUGGCACUAGAACAUGACUGUACCACUGCAUUGUACUGUGUGUAGUACUAGCUUCCCUGUGUGAUUGCAACACGUUACCAUGCACCAGGACCUGGUGGUCGUUCACCUCGACUCCACCCAUUCCACCUGUCGGUGUUUACAUAUCUAUAUUUGGAUAUGUACACAAUACAACCGCACAGUAAACUUUCACUGAAAUAAAAUGUUACGCUGUUACGUUUCCUCGCCGAGACCCCCCCGUAACAGUAUGAUUCAGAGCACGUGUGGUCAAUGGGAGUUUUAAGCUGAUGAAAAGUAAAAAAAAAAAAAAAAAACAUGCAUCCACUCUUUGAAAGUGAUCCCCACAUAUGUGAGAGGUGCAUUGUGGGUGGAGGGGCAGCACUUUUACAGUGAUGCCGCUGACAGCCGGAGGAAUUUUUUCCCCCCUCGGAGGCUGCUGCACACACACACACACAGGUGGUGCUUUGGAUCACUCAGCCAAUAGAGCCGGUCCAUCACAAAUCUCCGGUCUGGCGGCCCGGCAACAUUCAUGAUCAAAUGCUUUUUGUGGGGGGGGGGGGGGGGGGGGGUUUGAGAAAAAGAGGGAUUCUGUUUCAAAUCAUUAAGAUGUUCUCCGAGGACUGACGCUGUAAGGCAGCGGAUAGCCGGGGCUUCGGUUACACAGCGAAUAGACCGUGUUGACCCUGCAACAAAAAAAAAAGAAUGAAAGGAAAGGAAUGUUAUUUUUAAUCUGUCUGAUUUGGGACCAUGCACAAUCCAAAGCAAUGCACGUUUUAAAGCGACGCAGCGGCUGUUGUGCAAAAACCACCGUAACUACAUUUACGAGGAUUUGUUUUUAUUGUUGUUACCGAGAUUGUAAAUGCUCAUGGCGCUGUGCGAGCUUCCAUUCUAACCCCCCCCCCGUUAUGAUUAUUAAAGUGCAUAUACAAGUGUCAAAUCUCUUCUCCCCCCCCCAUUCAUUUUGAACAGCAGCGUUGGUUAAAAGUGACGCACACAUUAAGGCUGCAGGUCUGGGACGUGUGUGUGUGUGUGUGUGUGGGGUGGGGGAGGCAGUGAAAAAUCCGUUGUAACGUUUUGCUAGGGGUUAAAUUUAUUUAUUGAUUUUUGCUUAUCCGUGUAUUUCAUCAGUUACCGACCGACAGGACAGUACUCCCCCCCCCCCCCCCCCCAGUGGGUUGUAUUAUAAAGAUGAUGUGAGGCAAUAUAAGCUAUAUUAUUCACUACCAUCAAGUUUUGGUUUGUUUUUUUACUAGUAAAUAACCCUGCUGUUACCUCCCUUGAAAUGACGAUACGCCGUUUGAAUUUAUUUAUGCCGUUUUGCCAUUAGCGGAUCGCUAGCUCGUAGAAACGAACAAAACGAGACACGUGCAGACAAGUCAUUCUCUAUGAAUGUGCAUUCUAGUGUUACCUGACUGCUAUUAUUUUUUCUUAUUUUACUUUAGAUUUUUGAUUUUACCUGUUCUAUCUAGUAGGGCUUGGAGCGCUGCAGGGCCCACUGUUUGCAGACUGAAACCCUGCACCCAAGCUCUGCAGCAUUCAUCUUUCUAAUCCCUGAAUAAAUAUUUCUAUGAACUGUUCUUCUGUGUUACCAUGGUUACUCUCAAACCGUCUCCUCUGUUUUCUGUUCAUGACUUGCAAAUAAACAAACUACAUGUGU